UCCCGAGUCGGAAUUCCGACUCGCAGGGGCGUUUAUUUGCAAUUUCCGACUCGGGGCUCGUAAUUCCGAGUUCAAAGAUCAUACUAUAACGAUUAACCCGACUUCCGAGUUUCGAGGUAAAAUGGAACACAGCACAAGAAGCACCGAGGAAAUGUUUUGUUUUGACUCGUAGUCUCGUUAAUUCACGCGAUAUUUCCGGAGGAAAAGUGAGCGCAAAUUCGAUGAGCGGUGCAGCGGGCCGUCCCCCACCAUUAUCAGCUGUGCUGUGUGUGUGACUGCCGUAAACCAGUAGGUUGACGAGGAUGUCGAAACGGAAAAGCAGCUCUGUCAGUGAGAACGUCAACAAGCGGGUCCGACCUGAGCAAAAAGAAGAUGGAGAAGAAGAAGAAGAUGAGAAUGCUGUAGAUAGUGACCACGAUGAUCCUCUACUGAAGCAGGUUCAAGGUGCCGGUGAGGUGGUGAGCGAUGCCGGGAUCGUGGAGAGUAUCACGCUGAAGAACUUCAUGUGCCACUCGCUCCUCGGCCCGUUCACGUUCGGUUCCAAUGUCAACUUUGUUGUUGGCAACAAUGGAAGUGGAAAAAGUGCCGUCCUGACUGCUCUCAUAGUUGCUUUAGGUGGGAAUGCACAGGCUACAAACAGAGGAUCAUCCCUCAAAGGAUUUGUUAAAGAAGGAGAAAGCUCAGCUGAUGUGUCGAUUACUCUGCGUAACAAAGGAAGGGAUGCUUACAAACCUGAGGUGUAUGGUCAAGCGAUCAUUGUAGACCUCAGAAUAACACGCGAGGGGCUGAGAACUUACAAACUGAGGAGCAAGUCAGGUCAAAUUGUCUCAACCAAGAAGGAAGAGCUCAUCUCCAUCCUGGACAAUUUCAAUAUUCAAGUCAACAACCCUGUGUCAAUUCUGACCCAAGAGAUGAGCAAAUACUUCCUACACUCCAAAGGAGAGGGGGACAAGUAUAAGUUUUUUAUGAAAGCUACACAACUGGAGCAGAUGAGAGAGGACUUUGUCUACAUCAGAACCACCAAGCAUGUCACAGAGGAUAAAGUGGAGCAACAAAAUGAAUGUUUGAAAGACUUGAGGCAGAGGUACAAGGAGAAAGAGGAACGUUACAAGAGCCUGGCAUCGCUGGACGAAAUGCACACCAAGCUAGCAGAGUUGCAGAAGCAGAUGGCUUGGGCCUUGGUGGCAGAGAUGGAGAAGGAGUUGGAGCCGAUGAAGGAGAAGCUGCAGUCGGACAAACAUUCAACAGAGAAAUAUGAUGAGAAGGUUGACGAAUGGAAGCACAAGGUUGAGGAGGCUGAGAAGAAGUGCAAGCAGAUCCAGGAACAGUUGGAGGGGAUCACCCAGCAAGUCCAGGAGCUCCAGCCCAAAUGUGCUGAGCUGAAGACCCAGGCCCAGAGGCGUAAUUCUCUGCUCCAGUCCAGCGAGGUCACGGUCCACCGAUGCAAAGCUAAUCUGAGGGACCUGGAAAAGGACAAGGUUCAGUUGUCCUCAAGGAUAAAUGAUCUCAAGCUGAGCAUCAGUCAGACAUCGGGAGCAGAGAGUCAGGCCCGGUCCGAGCAUAUGGAGAGGAUACAGGCUGAGCUGGAGAACAUGACACACCAGAUUUCCACUCUGGGCCAGCAGAUUGACCAGUAUCAGCUUGCCUGCAGCCGUGCCAAGGAAGAACAAGGAAGGAUGAAGAGAGAACAGGAAGUGCUCCAAAGGUCCAUUGACAGCAACAGACGGAACUUGCAGACUCUUGAAAGCAGUCGCUCCAAUCGGCUGCGGCGAUUUGGAGAGCACAUGCCUGCUCUCCUCAGUGCCAUCCAGGAAGCUCACAGAAGGGGCCAGUUCAAGCACAAACCUCUCGGACCUCUGGGUUACCUCAUUAGCUUGAAGGAUCCAGAGCUGGCGCUGGCUGUAGAAGUUUGUCUUAAGGGCCAACUGCAGGCCUUCACCUGUGACAAUUACGAGGAUGAGAAGGUGCUGCAGGGCCUCAUGGCCAGAGUGUUCACAGGAGGCCGCAGGCCUACCAUCAUCACUAGCCAGUUCCUCCCACGUCUCCAUGACACAAGGAAGAAAGCCGUGAAUCACCCUGAAUACCCCUCCGUGCUACAAGCUCUGGAGAUUGAGGACUCAGUUGUGGCCAACUGCCUGAUUGAUCAAAGGGGAAUAGAAAGCAUUCUACUCAUCAAGAAUCGCACAGUGGCUCGGAGGUUGAUGCAUGGCAAAAACCCUCCACAGAACUGUUUCCAGGCCUUCUCCAUAGAGGGAGACCAGAUUUUCACUAACCGCGCAUACUCUGCCGAUCAGACCAGAGCAAACUAUCUUUCAGGAGACGUUGAGGAGGAGAUCAGGCACUUGCAGAAGGAGCUGGAGAACCAAGAAGCUCAGGCAACUCGCUUCCAGCAACAGAUGAAAAGGUUAGAUGAGGACAUCAGACAGAAUGAAGGGCUGCUGAGAAGAGCUUACACAGACCAGAAGACUGCCAAAAAUAAGGCCACAAAACUACAGCUGGAGUUGACAGACCUGCAGAAUGUGGAGGAGCCUCAGUCAGAGGACCUCAGGCCUCUGGAGGAGGAGCUUCAGGAGAUCGUUGCUAAGAUCUCGUCCAAGCGCGCCGAGUUUGACCAGGCACGAGCUCAGAUGACCGACCUCAAGGCGUCCUAUGAGGAGGCAGAGCAGGCGUACAAGCAGCAAAAAGAGCAGAUCAACACCAUCGCAGAGGAUGCUGACCCAAUCAAAGAGGACCUCAAUAAGGCUGAGCAGGAAAUGAUAAAGUGCAAGCAUCACAAGAAACACUACGACGACAAGCGCAGCACCCAUCUCAGGAACAUCCAGAGCCUUGAAGCUGACCUAGGAAGCAAGGAACAGGAACUUCAGACAUCUGUAUCCAAGGCAACAGAGAUCUGUCCAGAGCGGCUGGAGGUGCGUCGUUCAGCCCGGAGUAUGGAUAGUGAGAUCAACCGUCUCAAGGUUAAGAUAUCUACCCAGCAGGAACAACAGGGGGACCGCGAGGAGGUUGUAAAACAGUACCAAGAGGCUCUGGAGACCUACAAGAACCUCACACAGCAAAUGAAGAACCUCAACAGCUUCAUCAAAAGCCUUGACAGCGUCAUGAACCAUAGGCUCCAGGUUUACGCUGAGCUCAGGAGGUUCCUUUCGGCCCGCUGCAAAUACUACUUUGACAGCAUGCUGGCCCAGAGAGGCUACACUGGAAAUAUGGCCUUUGACCACAAGAAUGAAACUCUCUCCAUCUCGGUGCAGCCCGGCCAGGGGAACAAGGCUGACCUGAGCGACAUGCGCUCUCUGUCCGGAGGCGAGCGCUCCUUCUCCACCGUUUGCUUCGUGCUCUCUCUUUGGGCCAUCACAGAGGCGCCUUUCCGCUGCCUUGAUGAGUUUGAUGUUUAUAUGGACAUGGUGAACAGGAGGAUAUCGAUGGACAUGAUGCUGAAGGUGGCCGCCGGUCAACGCUACAGACAGUUCAUAUUCCUCACUCCACAGAGCAUGGGUACUCUUCCUGUGAGCAAAAUCAUCCGCAUCCUGCGACUGAAGGAUCCAGACCGUGGCCAAAACAACGCACCAACAAAUCAAGAUGAGGACCAGUAGCACUGCCGGCUCAGUUUAACAUCAGAUGAGGUGCUGAGACCCUCCAUGAGUCUGACACAGAGUUAUACAUUGAUUCCUGUUUUUUAAGGAAACCGUUGUUCAAAAAAGUGCACACACAUCGUCUUCAAGUGGGCUCAGGUUUUAAGGUUUUAGUUCUGUCAUUUAAAAUUUUUCAAAGUUGUCUUUUGAAAUCUGUGUAUUAAAUGUUUUGUACAAUAACAUUGACUUAAAUUCCGAGGUUUACACAGGGGGUAAAUGUUUUUAUAACCUAUGUCAAAAAAACUUAAAUGCCUUGAAAGUUGUUUAGUUGUUCAUUUAAUGUUAUUCAUUAAAGCAAAAAAGUUAAUAAACAGAUGCAAUGUUG